GAAAAGCAGCUCGUAAGUUACCGUAUAAAGCGAAGGAAAGCGGUUUUCCCCAAAGGGCGUCCUCCCUUCCCCUCCCCAUCUGCACACUGCCGCCACGCCACUACACUGCCGCCGGGACAGCUUGCUUCCCCGCUGCCUCGCGCCGCCGGGAUCCGCCUAGGGCUCGCCUUCCCCGCUCGCCAGGAACCCCACCUCCCGCCGGCCGCCGCACCGUUCUCCGCCGUCAGAGGAAAGCAAGCGGAACAGCGCGGGUCGAGGAAGGGGUAGGUGAGGAGGAGAGAGGUGGGAGAUGGCCGGCGCUGGGAGGAAAGUGGCCGUCGCCGCCGUGCAGUUCGCCUGCACCGACACGGUGGCCGACAACGUCGCCGCCGCCGAGAGGUUGAUUAGAGAAGCUCAUAAGAAAGGUGCGAACAUCAUCCUCAUUCAGGAGCUAUUUGAGGGGCACUAUUUCUGUCAAGCUCAAAGGAUGGAUUUCUUUGGGCGUGCCAAGCCUUAUAAAGAGAACCCGACUAUAAUGAGAAUGCAAAAACUUGCAAAGGAGUUGGAUGUUGUAAUACCUGUAAGUUUCUUUGAAGAAGCGGGCAAUGCUCAUUAUAAUUCCGUGGCCAUUAUUGAUGCUGAUGGCACCGAUCUUGGUCUAUACCGCAAAUCACACAUUCCAGAUGGACCAGGUUAUCAAGAGAAAUUUUAUUUCAACCCGGGUGACACUGGAUUCAAGGCUUUCAAAACCAAGUAUGCAACAAUUGGUGUUGGAAUUUGCUGGGAUCAGUGGUUCCCAGAGACCGCAAGGGCUAUGGUGCUACAGGGGGCAGAAAUAUUGUUCUAUCCCACUGCUAUUGGUUCUGAACCCCAGGAUAUGAACCUGGACUCCCGCGAACACUGGAAGCGUGUCAUGCAAGGCCACGCCGGCGCUAACUUGGUUCCUCUUGUUGCUUCUAACCGGAUAGGGAAGGAAACGGUUGAGACUGAGCAUGGGAACAGCACCAUAAAGUUCUACGGGAAUUCGUUCAUCGCAGGGCCAACUGGAGAAAUCGUGAAGCUCGCAAACGACAAAGAUGAGGAGGUGCUGGUCGCGGAGUUUGACUUGGACGAGAUCAAAUCUACGAGGCACGGCUGGGGUAUAUUCAGGGACAGGCGUCCUGAUCUAUACAAAGUGCUACUGACGUUGGAUGGCAAGACAUCAUCAUCAUCCUAGGUUCCACUUUUUUGAAGAGGACACGAGGUCCGCAAUACCGGGAGAACACCAAACGGUAGAUCGAUCUUCUUGUCUAGCUUCGCCCUGCAUAAAUAGUGAUCGGCCUCUGCGUUUCCAGCUUGGUGAUUUUCGACCGAUACAUAACAUGAAUAAAAAUACCGUCAUGUGAUGAUGAUGUGACCGGAACCAGAAUAUUUGAAAUGAAAGCAAUAUGAAAAUGAUGCAUCGCUGCUUCACAGUUGCUCAA